AUGGCCCAGCGAAAUGUGAACAAAAGAAAAGCACUCCUCUCAGAAACUGACGCCAUCAUUCCACCAUCUGUAUUGUUAUCCCCAAAAAAUGUUUUAGCGAGAGCGUCUUCGACACCGGAAAUAAUAUGUUCUGUUAACGACUCGUCAAAUAGCAACAUGAUAGAGGAAAAGGACUCGUGCAAAAAAAAGUAUAGAAGGCCUGGGAGUGUAAGCUUUCAUCCCGACAUAAGACUAUACUACUCUGCAACGACCAACGACUUGGAGGAGGUUAAAAUGUUGGUAGAGUCAGGAAUGGCGGAUGUCAACGCUAAGACUCCGGCCGAAGGAGCCACCGCGUUACACGGAGCCGCCUACGAAGGAAACCUUGAAUGCCUGCAGUAUCUUCUUGACAACGGAGCUGACGAGAAAAUACACGAUGAUGACGGUUGGACGGCGCUCCACGCGGCUGUCUGUGGAAAGAGCAAAAAAUGUGUUUCACUUUUGCUGAAAGCAAACUGGGACCCGUUCGCUGAAAAUGAGGAUGGACUUACGCCAUUUCAGAUGGCCGUGGAAAUUGGGAAUGAUACACUUUUACGACAAUUUCUAAAGAGGUUUAACUCUUUGAUGAAGGAUGAUUCUGUUCCAGAGACUUCAGUGUAA